AUGUUCUCAACCAAUCAAAGCUUUGAGAAGGAAAAUACGAUUUAUUAAGAUUAAUGGUGCGGAGUUAUUGCAAUAGAUGAAAAAUAUAAUUUCCUUUUGGUAGGUCAUAAAUAUGCCAUCAAGGUAUUCAAAUUAAAAAAUAGAGCCCUUAUUACAUUAAAUCUACUUUUCAACCAUUAAGAUUUUGUUACAUCUCUAAGUCUAAUGUAAAAAAAAUCAUUUUUCUUGUCUGGCUCUCAUGAUAUGAAGAUCGCAAUAAUUUCCGCUCAUUUGAUGUCAAAUCCUAAAUACAUCAUAAAAUUAGCAAGUCAUAUGGAUUCAAUUAAUCAUAUUGUGUCGCAUCCAAUUGACUAAGAAAUGUUUAUAUCUAGUAGUAAAGACCGUACAAUCAAAUUUUGGAGAAUCUAAUCAAAAAUAUCUAAGAAGCAUUGUUUUCAAACAAUAAAUUAUCACAAAUAAUCUGUUAUAAAAUUAUCUAUAAGUGAAGAUGGUAGUACACUUAUCUCUCUUGGGAUGGAUUAAUUAAUAUUAGUUCUGAUGUAAUAGGAAUCAUUUUGGAUUGUAAAGUAGAAAAUAUAUAUUAAUAAAGAAGGCCCAAACAUUCUUUUUAUAACAAACGAAAUGUUUAUAUUUUAACCUUAUUAGGGUUUUUUGAAGGAUUAGAGCUCCGAAAACAUAUGGGUUUAUAAAUUAGACAAAAAAAAUGAACAGUACUCUAUGAAUUACAGCAUAUAAAUAAGCGACAAUAGCUAAGGUUGUAUAGGAUCUUUUCCACUUUUUUACAAUCAUGAGAAAAGACUGCUUUUAUUUCAGAAUGGUAAUUCUCUAAAGAUAAUAAAAUUAUACAAUCUAGAGAAAGGAGAGUUCAAUAUAGAGCAAGUUAUCUUUUUUAAUAAUUCUAUAUAAGAGAAUCCUUUAAGGUUUAUUUGUGGAGCAAUAAGCAAAGAUUGGAAAUAUUUAGUAACCUGGGAUAACACUUCUUUUUGUCUUCAAGUAAGGAAAUAUAUUGGAUUAGAAUCAAUAUCAAUUCCAUUAUUAAUGGAAUAAAUAAAUAUAUGA